AGGGAAAGCCUGCAAAUCACUUCUAUUUUAGCAGGGAGCAAACAGAAUCUCCUUCCAGCAGGGUCCACCCCUCUCUCUUUUUCCCUCUCCUCUCUCUCCUUCUCUUUCUCUCUGUCUCUCCUUCCCUCCCCCCUUCCUUUCCCUUUCUCCCCCUUCCUUCCCCCCCCACCCCAUCUCCCUCUCCGCUGUCCCUGUCUCCAGCAACCCGCGUCCUCCUCAUCCACACGCGCUGGAAGGAAAGCAACGGCUUUGCUUGGGCAAGAAGGAGGAGGAAGAAAAAAAAGAAAAAGAAAAAAGAAAAAGAAAAAAGACAUAGAGAGGGGGGAAACUUGCCUGGUUGUGGAAAAUGACACUUGAAGUAGCAAAGCCGGCAGCGCGAGUUGCGCCUAUUGUUUCUUAAAUUGCUAUCAGGGCUUUUUUCUCUCUUUUUUUUCUUUUUCAUUUUUUUUCCUUCCUGCUUCUUCAAGUCAAAGGUACCUCUACAAAAGGAAACUCCGGCCCCUCCUGCCCACCACCGGCCUGUGAUCAUUACAAAAAAAAAAAAAGCAAAAAAAAAAAAAAGCACCCAAACCAAAAAUUAACCAACCAAACAACCCCCAACAGCCAACCAUACAUCUCUAGUUUUUUUUAUUUAUUUUUUAAUUUUUUCGGUCUUUUCGUUGGAUUUUCCCCCCCUCUCUCCUCUUUUUUUUUUUUUCCGGGUUACGCUCAGUUUUGAGCGAAGGUUUUCUUUCUUUCUUUCUUUCUUUCUUUCUUUUUUUUUUUUUUUUUUAACAUUGCUUCGCGUUCCGCCUCGAUCUUCCAUCGUCUUUAAAAAGGAAAAAAGAAAAAGAAAAGCAAAUCUCUGGCUGGCGUUUUUCUUUCCUUUUUUUUUUUUUUCCCCCUAAUAUUUUCAAGGGGGAGGAGAUUUUCCGCAAGAAAAGGUUGUUUUCAUGUUUGGGAUUCAGGAAAGCAUCCAACGGAGUGGAAGCAGCAUGAAGGAAGAGCCGCUGGGCAGCGGCAUGAACGCGGUGCGGACGUGGAUGCAGGGCGCCGGGGUGCUGGACGCCAACACGGCGGCGCAGAGCGGAGUGGGCCUGGCCCGAGCGCACUUCGAGAAGCAACCGCCUUCCAAUCUACGGAAAUCCAACUUCUUCCACUUCGUCCUGGCCCUCUACGACAGACAGGGCCAGCCAGUGGAGAUUGAGCGGACAGCUUUCGUGGGCUUCGUGGAGAAGGAAAAAGAAGCUAACAGCGAAAAGACCAACAACGGUAUACACUACCGGCUCCAGCUCCUCUAUAGCAAUGGAAUCAGGACCGAGCAGGAUUUCUACGUGCGCCUCAUCGACUCCAUGACCAAGCAAGCCAUAGUGUAUGAAGGCCAAGACAAGAACCCCGAAAUGUGCCGGGUCCUGCUCACACACGAGAUCAUGUGCAGCCGCUGUUGUGACAAGAAAAGCUGUGGCAACCGAAAUGAGACUCCCUCAGAUCCAGUGAUAAUUGACAGGUUCUUCUUGAAAUUUUUCCUCAAAUGUAACCAAAAUUGCCUAAAGAAUGCAGGAAACCCACGAGACAUGCGGAGAUUCCAGGUCGUGGUGUCUACGACUGUCAACGUGGAUGGCCAUGUCCUGGCAGUCUCCGACAAUAUGUUUGUCCACAAUAACUCCAAGCACGGGCGGAGGGCUCGGAGGCUUGACCCCUCGGAAGGUACGCCCUCUUAUCUGGAACAUGCAGCUACUCCCUGUAUCAAAGCCAUCAGCCCCAGUGAAGGCUGGACCACAGGCGGCGCCACGGUGAUCAUCAUUGGGGACAACUUCUUUGAUGGGCUGCAGGUCAUCUUCGGCACCAUGCUGGUCUGGAGUGAGUUGAUCACUCCCCAUGCUAUCCGCGUGCAGACCCCACCACGGCAUAUCCCCGGAGUGGUGGAAGUCACACUGUCCUACAAGUCCAAGCAGUUCUGCAAAGGGACACCAGGAAGAUUCAUCUACACAGCACUCAAUGAACCCACCAUCGAUUACGGUUUCCAGAGGUUACAGAAAGUCAUUCCUCGGCAUCCUGGGGACCCUGAGCGUUUGCCAAAGGAAGUGAUUCUGAAAAGGGCAGCAGACCUGGUAGAAGCUCUGUAUGGUAUGCCACACAACAACCAGGAGAUUAUUCUGAAGAGAGCAGCAGACAUCGCUGAGGCUCUGUACAGUGUACCCCGCAACCACAGCCAGCUCCCAGCGCUCACUAACACCUCGGUCCAUGCUGGGAUGAUGGGUGUGAACUCCUUCAGUGGACAGUUGGCUGUGAAUGUCUCUGAGGCCUCACAGGCCACCAACCAGGUAGGUUUCACCCGCAACUCCAGCAGUGUGUCACCACAUGGUUAUGUGCCCAGCACCACGCCUCAGCAGACCAACUAUAACUCUGUCACCACAAGCAUGAAUGGAUACGGCACUGCAGCCAUGUCCAACCUGGGGGGCUCCCCCACCUUCCUCAAUGGCUCCGCUGCCAACUCUCCUUAUGCCAUUGUGCCAUCCAGCCCCACCAUGGCCUCCUCCACGAGCCUCCCCUCCAACUGCAGCAGCUCCUCGGGCAUCUUCUCCUUUUCACCAGCCAACAUGGUCUCUGCUGUGAAACAGAAGAGUGCUUUCGCCCCUGUUGUCAGACCCCAGACCUCUCCACCUCCCACCUGUACCAGCACCAAUGGGAGCAGCCUGCAAGCAAUAUCUGGCAUGAUUGUUCCUCCCAUGUGAAAGAAUUGCCUUGAAGAAUUUUAUUCAUGAAGAGGUUGGAUUCUGCUACAAAGAGUAAUUGGAUACAAGUCCCAGAGUGGAACUUUUAACUCAGGCCUUUUUAAGAGGAAUCACAAUAACUGCAGAUUUUUAAACAAACAAUAUCAUCAACCUUGCAAAUACUGAAAUUAGAAGUAAGGGGGGUGUCUGUAAGUGCAGGGUGUUGGUUAAAGUCAGACCUCCCAAGUGUUGGGGGGAAUAUAUUUAUUCUGUGUUGAUAUAAAAGCAAAUCCACUUUUUUCCUUUUUUUUUUAAAGCUUAAUUCUGCAAUCAUUUGUCUUUUAUAAACCGUAAAGCUGUAUACAAGGGACACUAUAAAUAUGACUCCAUGUUUUAAUUUAUGAUGUUUUUAAAGUCGUGUAAAGGGAGAAUGAAGUGGUGAUAUUUAGAAAAAAGUUUUUAAAAAGAAGGAAAAAAAAGAGCUUGUAUGGGACAGAGUAGGAAUGCCAGUUAGAUUUUUCUAGAAAACUAAGGGUCGGCUUUUGCGCCUUAAAGCAUUUCAAAUGAUAGUUAGCCCAGAACCCUGCAUUUUUAAUAUCUAACUUAACAUGCCAUCCCUUAGCAGUGCAAGCUUAUUUAUCUCUUUUGUACUGUUGUCUUAAGUAACUGUGUAAUUAAAUGCAGCCUGGAAAGUUUAAAAAGUGAUGUAAGUGAUUACAUUUUCCCUUUGACUCAGAAAGAAAAAAAAAAAAGGAAAAGAAAAAAAAGGAAAAAGUAAAAGAAAAAAAAAAAACAGUGCCUCUAGUCAGAUUGUUAAACUACAGAUUUAAACGUGAUAGCAUUCUCUCUUUCAUAUGUCAACUUCUUCCAAGCCACUUGAGAACAUGGUGGCAAAUAUCCUGGGUGAGACUCUCUUUAGAGACUUCACAGGACAGAGUCCAGGCACAUUAUGCCCUCUCAUCACCAAGCCAAACCCCACGACCCACAAGUUUACUUAUCCUCAAGGCAGCCGGACAGACAGCAGCCCCCUUUCUCUGGGGAAACUGUGCUCCCAUAGCCGACCCUUAGCACUAACUACAGAAUAGAUUCAAAUGACAAGGCAGAGUGCUUAGGAAUUAAGAGUGGAAAGGAAAGAGAGAAAGAAGGCUGAGCCCGUGCAAACAACCUUUUCUGUUCUAUAGGAAGUUUUGUUCUCAUUAUCUGGGAAGUGUUCUUACAGUGAAGAAUAAAUUGCAAAGAUGCAGCAAAGCUCUGAGGAUGCAUUUGCCUGAUUUUUUUUUUCUUUUGCAGUUGUGGUUUUUUUUUUUUUUUGUAUGUAGUUAUAAAUACUGUAGACUUUUUUGUGAUUUUUUUUGCCAAAGUUGCUGUUCUAUUUAUACAUUUUAAUGUCUUAAGAUGGUUUUUCAAUAUCACAAAAAGAUUCUACUGCAUAUUUUGAAAAGAAAAAAAGCUCACUACCUUUACCUUGCACAUAUUUGCAAAGUUAAUUAAAAGGCUUUUGUUGUUUUAAAGGGGAUUUUGUAAAAUAUCCAUAUAAAUAAUGUAUUUAUCUUUGGAAUUUGUACAUUGCUUUCCCCUUCCUUUUCCUCCCACCCACUGGUUUAUUUUAUUGUGUAUGUUUGCUAUGUGAGAAGUGCGUAUUUGUUUGGUCACCUACAGUUGUAUUAGCUGUCUCAAUGUGAUUUUUAAACUCUUCAUUUAUAGUUAUUUUUAGUAUUGUUUAAAACCAUGCUUUGAUUUUUUUAAUUUCCACCCAAAGCCAUUGUCUAUUUUUGUAUUAUUUGUAAGUUAAGGAAUUUUUUCCAAUAUAUGGCAAAAAAUAGUAGCAUAUUAUUCUUGUAGCAUUUAGUUCUGUAGAUUAAAAAAUGUAUUCUUUGCUUUGGAAGCUUAAAAAAAAAAGAAACAACAACAACAAAAAAAAAUGCUGUUUUACUCUAUUAAUAUGCAUGGAAUCUCUCCCUUUGGAGUGACGCAUUUUCUGCAUUAAAUUCUGGGGGAGAAACUUCAUAGAAAUCAAUGAACAUACUUUCUUUCUUAAGUCUGCUUGUAUAUUUCCUCUGUCUUUCACAUAAAUAUAAACCAGCAGAUUGGAUGCCUUAACAAUGCAAAUCAUAUUCAUUUCACUUGUACAUUGUAAUCGUGCACCAGAACUGUCAGUCAUCACUAACAUUCUAAGAAAAAAGGAAAAGAAAAAAAAAACAAAGAAAUGGAAAAGCACAAAAGAACUGUUUUUGUUACCUUAAGACAAUGUAACUUUUUCUAGUAGAGCAAGAAAUUUACAACAAUGCUGCAACUGUGCAUGCCCCCCUAUGGAUUUUGCAAUGGUUUUCACUAGACUGUCAGAGUGCGAUUUUUAUGGGUGGGGGUGGGUGGGGAGAGGGGAGGUGUGGGAGGGAGUCAAGGGGGAGGAAAGCUGAUUUUUCAUGGUGAGAAAUAAUCAUGAUGAAUAAUAAUGAUAAUAAUAAACUGGAAAAUGUAAGCAAGGUGGGCACAUUGCUUCUCGGUACUCUUAAAGGUGGUCUGAAUUGGUGAGGUGGCUGGCCUGAAGCUGUGUAUACUUUAAAGCCAUAUUUUGUCUGGUGAGCCCCUUGGACUGUUUGCGAUGGAACAGGCAGCUGGUGAGGUGUCCCUACUCAGCUCAGACCCUGUCGACAAAUGCCACCCAUCUGUCAGCCCUGUGUAGUGGUUAGCAUUUUCUCUUGAAAGUCCAAAGAACCUUUAAGAUGUGUAGGAUUUGUGUUCUGUUGCCUCUAUUCAUACAGAUUAAGUGAGAGAGACAUUCUUGCCCUCUGACCCUUUCUUCAAUACAAAAAUUAAGAGUGCAAAGGUUCCCCGAGAUGCAGAAUAUGACUUUAAGAAGAAAAUGGAACAGAGGAGUAGAUUCAGAUUUCAGUGCUGGGGUGGGGGUGAUUCAGCUUGGGGAUGCCUGGAUUGUGGAUGGAGCCCUGGCCUCACACUUUCCUAGGACGCAGCUUAACCAAGUCAUCUCUAAAAUCUACUAACCUUUCACCUUCUUACCUGACUUUUUGAAUAGACACACACUGUACAGUUCAAUUGUUAGAGAACCUAACUACUGUAGAGAUUGUUAUAAUUUUUUUUUGCAAAAAAAAAAUCAAGCUGUAAAAACUUUUCAACUUUCACAAUAUUUAAUUAAAGUUACUUUCUGUCUGUGA